UUAGUCGAUACUUCAAGUGGAUUCUGGAUAAGAAAACGUCACGUUAAUUGUUACAAUCCAUAAACUACUAUUACUUUUAUUUUUUAGCACAUUUUUUUUUCUUUUUUCUACAAUAACUUUGGAAGAUUAAAUUAGUUCUUGUUAAGUACGCCUUAAUAUUUAUCACAUGGUUUCCUCUUAUCUGUCCGAAACAAAGACGUCAGAAAUGGCGGACAUUGUAGGACCAGGGUCGUGGAACGUAGAUAUGGAGGUGAACUUGUUUCAUGCUAUGCGUGGUCACAAGCCAGUUGGUGUUAAUCGACACUUUCAGAUGGUUUUUAUUCAUGAAAAGUUGAAUAAUGCUUCGGGAAAGAGAAUAACAUCUAAGAACGUAUGGGAACAUCUUUCAUCCAUGUAUGAUUUACAGGCACUGAACGAAUCAGAAAUACUUCCAUUUCCAAAUAAACCAGUGGAUUUUCAACUAAACAGCUCAGAAUUCCAAGAUAUCUUCCAGAAAGAGUAUCCUCGCAUGCACAGCACACAAGGACAAAUUCAAGUUGAAGAGGUCAAGACAAAACCUGAGGGUCAGGCCAAAAGUGGUAAAUCCAGCAAAUCUGACACUAAACCUAUCAUCUCUGCAAAAUUAGAAACUAAAUUAACUCCUUGGUAUCAUCUGAUCCAAAGCCAUCUCAGAGUGGCAAAUCGGGAUUUGGACUCAAUGAUCCUAUCUUCGAGUGUUGCCAAGCCAGACAGCAAGGCUGGGACCCCCCAGUCUAACAAGGGAGAGGUAAAGAGUGCGGGGAAGUGUGCCCUAAGUGCUGGUGUCCCUGGGGCAGCAGCUGUGCCCGAGCCCUCUCCAAAGCGGACGAAACGUACGCGGAAUAACAUGUCUGUCAGUAACAGUCCUGUGACCCCUUCUGAUGGCAUAGCCUACAAACGUAGAAGAUGAGCUUAUCAAACAAGGAUCACAAAAAUGACAAAGAGUGUUUUACAAGGCGGGCUGGGAAGUUUGGGGAUGGGAGGUCACGGUGUUGUCCACAAGAUUCUUUUGAGAAGAAAACCCACUUUACCAAAAAUGAAAGAUUUUAGUUUCCAUCUCAAGAUUUUUGCUUGUGUUGUAGACCUCCAGAGAAAAAAUUGAUAUUUCUUCAAUAUUUUUGUAUGAAACUGCCAUCUAUACUUGGAAAGGCUGAUACUUCACCUGGUCCACACCUUCUCAACUGAGCAAUCCCGUGGUAUCGAGGUCCAGCUCAACAGGCUCUGUCCCGCGGGAUGCAGCCUAUGACCACGGCCAGUCCAGCUCAGUACCGCUGACCUAUUGUAAGGCCACCAUGCUCUCACAUUCUGUGACUUGAUCAAGUUAUAAAAUUUAAUGAAAAGAUGCUAUUUAGCUGUUGUACAGCUGAUUUGAUUAUCUCUUCUGAGAAAUCUCAUCUCACUGAUCAUAAACGAAAAAAAAAACCAAAAAAAACAAAACCUAUUGUAUAUAGAAGCACUUACAUUUCAAAUACAGAAGACAAUAAAAUACAAUAUAUAAGAAGUA